UGAACAUUCCUCGUUGUGCAUGCCUUAUCUCAUGCAGAAGUGACAUGCUCGGAAGUUUGCAACCUCCGCUGAUUAAAGUCUUAGGGAUGGUGUUCUUUAUCACCGUCGGCUCGACCUGGACCAAGUUCACGGAGAUCCGUACGCUAUGGAGUCGAUCACCACGAUGUGGUAGCCGAAGCAUCGGGACUCUCACCAGUGUUAGCCUAAUGACUUGGGGAAUUUCAUGCAUUAUGCCUUCAUCACAACAACGUCAAGCGUGUAUUUUAAACGACUGUAUGCAUAGCUUAUAGGCUGAGGCAUCUGCAGAUCAUUAGGAACCAAACACGCGGACACUAACUUCCCCACGCCAGUGCCACUAGUCGCAAAAGGUAGCGAAAGGCUAAAACCCGGGGAUACGUUCAUGAUCGUCGGCGUAUGCCGUACUUGCGACGGUCUCCUCCGCCCUAGCGACUACUAUCAGUAUGUGGUGGAAAGCUUGGCAGUUCGUCA